GCGGUGGUCAAGGCUGCUCUCAGUAUCCUGGUCAACAAAGCCGUCCUGCAGGGAUGCCCUUUGCCACGGCACGAGAUUAACAGGCACCUGAUGAAGUUCCGAGGUGGGACCUUCCCUCUCUCAACCAUUGGCUCCUGUAAAGGGGGCGGUGGCAGGAAGGGGUAGGACAGUAGCAUGUGGAGAUGAGCCAAUACCAGCCCGCGAAAGAAGGGGAAACCCCGCCUCCAACUGGAGCUGUGGAGAUUCUCUCAGAGAAGGGUCAUUGUCCAGCGCUGAUGUCCUCUUCAUCACCAACGGCAAUACUCCGAGUGUUGUAGAUGGGGACCAUGUGAGUCUGUCUCUGUGUUCUUACAAGACUGAUCUGAUCAGGGAGUUACAGACCAUGUGCUCCAGCAAGUCAGAGCCAGACAUCAGUAAGAUUGCUCAGUCCGAGGAGGACUUCAUCGUCUUCUCUGGCUCUCCAAAUGGACAAUCACCCCGCCGCAGGACCGACCAUAAAGAAAAAGCUCUACCACAGAUGACCGGCAGCAGUCACUCCAACCCCAUCCCUGCCUCCAACCCCAUCCCUGCCUCCAACACCAUCCCUGCCUUAGGCAGCCUCUUGCAAGAGGCGAUCGAUGUCCUACCCAUGUCCCAGCUCCCUGUCUCCAGCAGCAGGGGACAGCAGCCACUAGCCUAGCAGCAGCAGCAGUGCCUCCGCACCACGAACACCCACUACGAACACUAACUGCAACGCGAACAGAACUGAACCAAGCAGCAGCA